AUGGAUCACUACGUUCCAGACUAUGAAUUGGAAGAUGAUGGUAUUUACAACCAGCUUCCCGCUUUAUCGCCCAUUAUCAACGGCCCGAUCCUACCCUCGAAUGAAGUGGACUUACUAGGAUUGAUAUGGAGGAAAGGCAACAUAGAAGAGCUGGACGAGCAGCCCCUGAAAGUCUUAAUUCAUGAGCUUGAGAUGGAGUUAUGGUUGCACUGUGAGAACAAGCGUCUUGAGGACAAUCUUGCACGGUUCGAAACAACGUGCAUGGAUCCGAUGAUGUCGGUGGUGAACUAUAUGGUACCAUCAUUGGAGCAGCCUUUGCCGAUAAUGGAGUUAUCGAAAGAGGAUCAUGGGAUGAUUGAUGAUGGUGAUAAUGAUGAUGAUGAUGAUGAUGAUGAUGAUGAUGAUCAGAUGCUAAUAAGUGUUGUACGUGGGAAGGUGUAUGAGAAUUCUAAGGAGUUGAUGGCGGUGGUCGAGGACUCUACCGAUAACGUUGCACCGCCGCCGGUGGUGGUGAUGGCUGCUAGUGAUCAAGCUAGUUCAUCCAUGAGUAGAGGAAAGAAACGGAAGCCUGUGAUCAGUGAAGCUCCGCCGUCUGAUCCUGUUCCUGAGGUUGUUGAUGAUGAAUCUGGAGAAAAAGAGCAAAGAAAUGGCAAAACUGCACCUGGAAAAAAGACUAGAGCUGCUGCUGUUCACAAUCUCUCUGAGAGAGUUGAUAAAGCUUCCAUGUUGGAUGAGGCCAUUGAAUACGUUAAAUCUCUUCAAAAUCAAGUCAAAGCCAUGUCUGUGAAAAUGAACAGCAUGAACUCAAUGAAGUAUACUGCUGCACCUGGAGUUCCUUACUACACUCCAAUUGGAAUGAAUUUAACAAUGAUGAUGGGGGGCUGA